AUGGUGGAGCUGUGCACGCUCCUCGUCCUAUGCCGCGUGGACGCCAUCUCUCUCGGCUCGCUCGCCGGGGCCGACCUGGUCCGGCGCGUGUUCGAGGACCGGUCGUGGGCGCCGGUGCCAGGGACCCAGCAAGUCCGUGCGGGUCCGGACGAGCGAAAGGCGGGUGGUACGGAUGCGGGAGGAGAGGCGGUGCACGGCACUGUGCCGAGGCGAGAAUCGGUCCCAAGCGCAGUGCAGCGCUCGACGAAACAACCUGCGGCCCAUCGGUUUGAACCUGCUCCGGACGGCGGGCGGGACGCGCUGCUGCUCGAUCGCCCGCCGCUAGCUGUGAGGCCUGCCACAGCGCGCAAGCCUAGUCCGACGGGGGCGAAGCUUUCGAGCAAGCUUCAAGCUUCCCGCCAGACCGUCAAGCCUGCGGGAAGGGAUACCGGCGGGAUGCGAUCGUGA